AUGGCUGUAGUUAAGUGUGCUAUUGAACUUGGAAUAGCUGAGGCCAUUGAAAACCAUGAGGGUCCUAUGCCAUUGAAAUAUGGAAAUAUGUUGUCUGUUGCAGUAUGUGAAGAAGUAAAGCAUGUUGGAGGAGACAUGUUUCACAGUAUUCCUGAUGUGGACGCAUUCAUUGGGAGGAAGUACAGCCGCAGAAACAAAACGGGUUUUAGUGUUAGACAUUCUAAGUUGAGAUAUAGCGAGUGGAAAGUCUCACGCAAUUUGCCAAAAGGGAGUUUCGAUGUUCCAAAGCUGGUAAAGUUGAAACGGAUCCUCUCUCAACAAAUCGGCGUUGAAGAGGAUUUUCAUUGUAAGCAAAGUAGGCCUCCUCUAGCAAUUAGAGGUAGUGGGAUUUUAAACCAUGUAUCAAAUGUUUAUACUCACAAACUUUUCAAAUUGUUUGAGGAGGAGUUCAAGAAUGCCAUAGGAAAAUUUUGGUUUGAACUAUCUUCGAUGGUGGUGUUUAUGAAUUUGAGGUUGGAGGAAUGGAUGGCUCGAGGAUCGAUCUUGAUCAUUAAGAACUUUGACGAAAUUCCAAAUAAAUAUGUGUUAAGUAGAUGGUGUAAAAAUGCAAGAAAUAGAUGGUUGGAAGAGGGGACGCAUAAUGCUAGUGUGGAUGAUAAGAAUGAUGAUUAUGAGAUAGUUUACCGAAAUAACAUGAUGCGGAAUGCUUAUCGAAACGUAAAAGCAAGAGAGAUUGUUCAAGAGGGACUAAAGAAGAUUGAUAAAGCUAUUGAGAAUGAAUUGGCCAAAUUGAGCAUUUCUUUAGAUGGUCAAGAAAUGGAAAAUGAAGUGGGUGAUGGGCAAAAUGUAAAAGAGACACUUGAUGUUAAUCCUAUCUUGAACCCUCCUCGUGCAAAGACCAAAGGUGUCUCCGAUGCAAGAUUCAAAGGAUACUUAGAAAAAUCCAAGAAAAAGGCAAAGACAAAAGCAAAAGCAACAAUCACGGAAAGAACACAAAACAAACUUGAAAUUGUUAAAAAUGGGUUUUUGAGUUUCAUUGAUGAACUGUGCCAUUUGAGACAACAUAGUAAAAAUGAAACGUCAUUAGCUUCUGUUUGUUGCCUUCAUGGGCUAAUCCGGGCUUUUGUAUCCAUUGAUAAUUUGAUCCAAUUAGCUAAGAGUGGGAUCCAUAGUCCUCCUUCCCAAGAAUACAGAUUCUCAGGAGAAGCAAAAAUACUCGAGGAUGGGAUACUAAAGAGUUCUCUGGUGGAAUUGAAAUGCACGCUUAAUCUUUUUAUGAAAUUUGUGGCAUCAGAAUGGCACUCUGUGCAGUCAAUUGAGACUUUUGGUAGAGGAGGACCAACUCCAGGGGUAGGAAUUGGUUGGGGUGCCUCUGGUGGAGGAUUUUGGUCCAUGACUGUUUUGUUGGCUCAAACAGAUGCAAGAUUGCUAAUUGGCAUGCUUGAAAUUUUUCAGAAGUUGUCUCACACAGAAGCCCCAACUGAUGAAGAAAUGGAGUUCACUAUGCACAUGAUCACUUCUCUGUUAGGAGUUUUCCUAUCAAUUGGACCAAGGGUUAAGGUUGUUAUGGAGAAGGCCUUAGAUAUUUUGCUUGAUAUCCCUAUUCUUAAGUAUCUUGACUUCUAUACACACAGAUUUCUACAAUCAAAUGAGAGAGUGGAUCUCUUUGGAUGGGAAUAUAAAGAAGAGGACUAUGUGUUCUUUAGUAACACAUUGGCUUCUCACUUUAAGAAUAGAUGGUUGUCUGUGAAGAGGAAAUCGAAAGCCACAACAGAGGACAAUAGAACUUCUCAGAAGGGAAAAUCAUCCCUGGAAACCAUACAUGAGGAUUUGGACAUAUCAGCUAUGACAAGGCAAGAUGAUUACUUAACUUCUUUGGCAGCAGAGUGGGCUCACCAGAGACUGCCACUUCCCAUGCAUUGGUUUCUUAGUCCAGUUGCAACCAUCUCCAAUAACAAACAGGGUUGUCUUCAAAGUGUUUCUGAUACAUGGAAUCUUACCAAGGACCCCCAUGAUACACUUGAAGUUGUUAAAGGUGGGCUUUUCUUUCUACUAGGGUUGGAAGCCAUGUCCACUUUCCUGCCCACUGAUUCCCCCUCUCCUGUUCGCUGUGUACCUCUAAUUUGGAAGUUGCAUUCUCUAUCUGCCAUACUACUUCUUGGAAUGGGCGUGCUUGAGGAUGACAAGAGUAGGGAUGUUUAUGAAGCCUUGCAAGACAUCUAUGGUCAGCUUCUUGAUGAAUCAAGAUCUAUUAGAAAUGCUGAACAUGUUUUGGAGGAUAACAUGAAUGUACUGCCAGAAAUUGGGAAGAAAUCUACCUGGGAGUUUUUGAGGUUUCAAUCAGAGAUUCAUGAGAGUUAUUCUACAUUUCUUGAAACUCUUGUGGAGCAGUUUGCUGCUAUAUCCUAUGGUGAUAUACUUUUUGGCCGGCAAGUUGCUGUAUAUUUGCAUCGUUGCACUGAAGCUCCUGCGAGACUUGCUGCCUGGAAUGCACUGGCCAAUGCCCAUAUUCUUGAAAUUCUGCCACCUUUGGAGAAAUGCUUUGCUGGGGCAGAAGGAUACCUUGAACCUGCUCAGGAUAAUGAAGGCAUUUUGGAAGCUUAUGUCAAAGCAUGGGUUUCUGGUUCUCUUGACAGAGCUGCAACUCGAGGAUCAAUGGCAUAUACCCUGGUUCUACAUCACCUUUCAUCUUUCAUUUUCCUGAUUCAUGCUAGUGACAAGAUAACGCUGCGAAAUAAGCUUGCAAAGUCACUUUUGCGAGACUACUCCAAGAAGCAGAGACAUGAGGGAAUGAUGCUGGAAUUGGUUCGGUACUACAAGCCAUUGACAUCUCACUUGCCUGAGAAGCAAGAAGGCUUGUCGCUACAGGUUAGGGAUAUUGAGAUAAGGUUUGAAGUACUUGUGGAAGCUUGCGAUAGAGAUUCCUCUCUUUUGAUUGAGGUGGAGAAAUUAAAUCCGCUUUUCACCGAGGGUGGCCCUUCUGCUGUGGAGGGAGUUUCUGGAAGGGCUCCCCUUUCAGGGAUUAUGAGGUUCUUGGUUCAUCACAACAUUUUCAAAGAGAAAGCCUCUAGCCAAGGCACCACAGUUUAUGUCCAGACAGCACUUUCUCGCCGAUUACUUAAGAAGGGAGAAAAGAGCAUGGCUGAUUUUCUUUUGUUUGAGAGCAGCCAUGUAAUGCUGGCACCAUGGCACAAUCUAAGUUCCCGCGUCCUGACUGAAAAUAUUUCACCAUUUCAGGGGGCUCAUGGAGAUGAUUUAUGGAAAUAUGCAUCGGCCAAUCCAGUUCACAGCAAGUUCAUUGAUGAUGCAAUGGCCUGUGAUGCUAAGCUGUGUGCUAUUGAACUUGGAAUAGCUGAGGCCAUUGAAAACCAUGAGGGUCUUAUGCCAUUGAAAUAUGGAAAUAUGUUGUAUGUUGGAGUAUGUGAAGAAGUAAAGCAGGUUGGAGGAGACAUGUUUCACAGUAUUCUUGAUGUGGACGUUGAUAAGACCCAGAUCAGAAUGGAGCAACGAAUGGAAAAAAUCAAAGCAGAAAUCCUUAAGCUUCCAGGUUUGGAGAAACAAAUUGAUGAUAUGAGGACGGAGCUGAAUGGGUCAAUCGUCGCCUUAUUCCAAAAACUGAAUGACACUAUGGGUAAGGAGGUCAGUGCUGAAGGAAGUACCCUGGGAGAACUAAGCUUUACCAAGUCUGCAGCUGAGACGCCGGAAUCUAUUAAAUCCGGAGCUGAGGUCAUAUUGGAGAAAAUGGUGGAGAGAAAACGACAACCUCGAAAACUGGAUUUGCCCACUUUUGGUGGGGAAGAUCCGGAUUCAUAG